CGGGAUAGAUUAAGCGACCAAUCUUGGAUGCAAGCCCAUGCUACAUGGCCACCAAAAUCUAGUGCUGAGAUAUCUUAUUCUUGCAUGCUUGAACGGGUUUGAUUGUCAAUAGAACACGUUAGCUCGGGGAAUUGUUAUAAAAGCUUCAAAGUCCUACCCAGCAAUCCAUCUCCUCCCAUCAACAGCAGGAACGGAACAUUCUCCUCGUCCCCGACACAUACUCAAAAGUUGCCAACCCACUUACUUGCAUAUCCGUCCCCCACCCGAUGCCUCCGUUCUAUGAAGUGGCUGUCGCCCGUUUUGGUCAAUCAUCCUCAAAAGCCAAAUGGGCAAUAGUCGUCGUAUUCACACCAUCAAGCCAUUCCUUGGUCUAUCAAAUCGCUGGCUCGGCUGCUGACUACAGCCUCGAAGCACCACAAUCAGUCACACUCAAAGAUGGGGAGAAUGAUUAUUUGGGGAGGGCACCUAUAGGACUCGUGGACUCCGAGAAACUACAUACGCUCCACACCACGCUCGCGUCCAUUCCUGUCGUUCGAGGGGAUGCUUCCUGGAGCACUCACAACUGGGUCAUGGAGGGUAUAGCCGCUCUGCGGAAAGUUCAAGGAUAUCAUAUCGACAAGCAUGUGUCAAUGCAGUGGAUAUCAGAAAAGCUAGGAGGAAAGUAACUUCGGGUCAUAAGCGGCCGAGGGAGUGGCCGCUUGCCGUCAUCGAGUUCCUCGGCUCUGGACGGAGGGUGGAGAGGGAUAACUAUAUCAGGGACAUUCAGGGCAAAACACGUAUAGAGGGUGAAAUGAUAAGUGUAUUUUGGGACAC